UCCUUAGUAUUCUUCAUGCCAUGCUUCUCUGUCUUGAUGAACGUGCGUACGGAGUAAUUUAACGUCUACAGUAACGAUCUACAGUAGUGCUAAUUUAACGUUAAAGCCACACAUUCUUUCGGUCUGGAGUGGCGCACCAACGGAACAAAUACUCUUUAUAUUCAGAUACAGUUCGAUCAGCAUUGAGCAAAGCAGCGUUAAUUAAACUGUGUUGCAGAUUCACUUAUAAUGUGGGCGUGGAGGCGAGCGGUGUAAAGAGGAGGAUAACUGGAACUUUAUCAAGUCUAAACGCACUCGAGUCUGGAAGUUCUUCAAGCCGUGGCUAUGGUGAACAGCCAGGUUACAGGUGGAGCGUGUGUGUCCAGAUCGUGCGCGGGCUGUGGGGGUCGUAUUGCUGACCGCUUCCUGCUCUUCUCCAUGGAGCGCUACUGGCACACACGCUGCCUCAAGUGCUCGUGCUGUCAAGCUCAGCUGGGAGAGAUUGGAACAACCUGCUACAGCAAAGGAGGCAUGAUCCUCUGCAGAACAGACUACAUCAGGUUGUUUGGGCACACAGGGGCUUGCAGUGCAUGUGGUCAGUCCAUUCCUGCCAGUGAAAUGGUCAUGCGGGCGCAGGGCAAUGUCUACCACCUCAAGUGCUUCUCCUGUGCAACGUGCAGAAACCAGCUGGUCCCCGGUGACCGAUUCCACUAUGUAAACGGCACCAUAUUUUGUGAACACGACCGACCAGGAGCCACACUCUUCAGUACACACCUGCAGAGUAGCCAAAUGCUACCCGACCAGAAAGUUUGCUGAAGGGCCCCUCGUCUCCUUCGUCCCUUCCUUGUCCUCUCUAUAUUUACUUCCCCCUCAGAGGCCCUCCAGUGUCCUGCUCAUCACAGCUCCUUCAGCACACACUCCUGCUCUGAUGCACUUCCGUUUUUACAACUUACAUUUACAGACCUGAAUUUAAAGCUUCUGUAUAGCCAGAUAUACUUUGGAAGAGAGUGAGUCUGUUCUGUAAGCAUAAUGGAACAUUUCAAUAUAUCAGCUUUCAUAUCAAACUCUUCUUGGCCAGCCUGGUGUUAAAUGUGGUGGACUCUGCAGUAUCUCUCAUGAUGAUGACAUACAUUGUGGCAUUUUUUCUCACCUCAACCCCGAAAACAGAAGUAACACAUCUAUUUUGUCACAGGAUAUCCUGCCUCUCUCACAUCUAACCUCACAGAGCCGUUCUGCAUUGUAAAGUCAACAUGAAAUGGUAUUCACAACACAUUUUUAUUUUUGUAAUCGGACAUAUUUCUGAGUAAAACAUAAUAUUCCUGGGAAUUCCUUUGGGAAUUGAUUGGAUUGCAAAAAAUAGUUUUUACAAACCAGAAUGGAACCUGGUGGUUAAAGGGGAGGAGUUGAAAAAGUAAGAGGGAUUUGUGAAGUCAGCCAAAAAAAUCAAAUAAACCAAACACUUUUAAUGGGGACUUCAAUAAUGGGCGCUGAUGAAUUGCACAAUAAAGACAAGGAACGUGCAUAAAAAAUAGGUAUAGUAGGCAUAGUAAAUAGGUGAUUUCAUGUUGACUAUAAGUCAAAAUGUCGCAAUUAAAAAAUUUAAUUACUGAAAAUGUUUUUGUACAUAUUUUGGACAUGGUUCAGGCUGUAGAAUUGUAAAUAUGUGUUUUUAUACCAGUAAUCUCUGUGAUGGUUGAAUUAUAUGCUCAACCUGUGAUGUCUAUUUAAAGUGAAAUUAUCCAAUAAAUGGAAACUACAACAAAA